AUGAACACCAUCAACAACAACAAUAAAAAUAAUAACCAAGAACAAGAACAAGAACUACAACAAAAACAAACUAAAAUAGAAAAUAAUAAUAACAAUCAUAAUAAUAAUAAUAAUUUAGAGAAUAUAAUCUUCAUUUCAAGUGUAUUUAAAAAUAAAUUAUUAUUCAAGAAUAUAUUAAAGUAUUGCAAGGUGCAAUACAAGUUACCAUUGUGUCAGAUAAGACAUGCCAUCAAACAACAACACCAUCAAUCCAACCAACAACAACCACGCCAUCGAGAAAAGAAGAGGUCCAAUACAGAGGAGAGAAAGCCGUCCAAGCUAGGAUUCAAAUACACAAGUUGUCAGUCGUACGAUGACUGGUUCUCACUCGAGAUGAUAUCGAUCAAUGGGUAUUAUGGACUGCUCAAAGACCGUCUGUUGGCGGGCCGACCACUCUUUAUUGACCAAGACGGUGUCAUAGAGUUUCUGGCCACCAACACUGACGCCGAUCUAUUCUUUUUGCUCUACAACCGAUACGCUAGCAAGUUUGUAGGACCACAUGUAAUCAUGUCGGCGUGCGAAGCGGGUGUACUAGAUAUUGUUAGGACACUAGUUGACAAUCUCAAACCCGACGCAACCUCGUUAUUCAACGCACUCAAGAAUGCAGUUCAAUGCGGUCAUUUGGAUGUAGUCGAGUUGUUGUUUGCAACCAAUCCAUCAAUUACCAACCACAACACUGAUCAAGAGUUGUCGUAUCUUUUUGCCAGUGCCAUAAGCUGUAAUGCUGACACAUCCAUUUUAAAGAGUCUCCUCAAACACGUUCUACGUAAUUCAGUACUGCCGCCAACUAUAUAUCGACACAUAUCAGCGAUUGGAUUACAAGCUACAUGUCUCAUUGCAGGUGAGGUGGUUGAUAUUGCACCACUUUUUAAUCAACAUUAUAGUAGUAGCACAACAAAUCAAACUAGUUUGAUCAAUAGUAAUAGCGUUUCAAUUGAUUUGGCAUUAUCAUAUGUUCGUCUACUUCGAUACCAUCACACCAUUCCAAGACAACUCUCCAUCCUUUCACAAUUGCUAAUGCAUUCUCAAAUACCAAUCAUGUUUCAACUCAACACUCCACCACCAGUGUGGACAAGCAGUGACGAUAUUGUCCAACACUCUUGUCGUCAACUCGCACACGAUGUACCCAUCUUUUCAACAUUGUCACCUACCCAACAAGAACUUUUAAACUUGCACAACAUUAUAAAGAAAUCGUUAAAGCUCGAUAUUCUUUUGGAUGAUUGUCUGGUCGAUGGAGACACUAUCCUCUUGGACUAUUUAUUGGCAACCUAUGGUAUAAAAGAGGUUGCCGAAAAGAUAAGUCAAUAUGGUACCAUGAAUCAGAUGAUUCGUGCCAUCGAGCUCUACGAACAAGCACCCUGUCUCAAACAAUUUGAAAUGUCACAUUUUGAAGAUGAUGGUCCCAACAAUAUAUUUUCACAAACACACUUGAAUAGUGCCAUUCUUAGGUCGGAUAUAGAAUUGACCAAAUAUAUUCAUAGUCAUUUAAUUAAAAAUGAUUCAUUUUCAACUCAAGAUAUCAUUUUAAUUCAUUCAAAAAGAGAUACUCAAAAUAAUCAAAAUAAUAAUAAUAGUAAAACAAUUAAACAAAAACAAAAAAGAAUAGGAUUGGAAAUGAUAAAAUUGGUGAUGGAAAUUGAUCAAGGUAGUACACUUAGAUUUAAACAUCUUACCAAUUACCUAUUAUCUAAAAAGGCAAAGAAUUAUGUAAUGUCGUUUGGAGCGACUGCCACUUCUGGAGUGAUUGAUGCUUGUUGGAGUGACGAUCGUGGUAAAAUGGCGACCUAUUUACAAUCGGAACAAUUGAUAGAAGAGCCUUGGAUGGAUAUUAUAUUCAAGAAUGCUUCCAUGGGAAUGGUCGAUGAUUUACUCAAUGGCAAGAUACACUCGAAUUUUGCAGACCCUGCAAAUAAUGGCUUGGCAAAGAUAAAAAUACAGAGUCGCUCACCUUGGAGAGUUGCUGCUGAAAUUGGAGAUAUUCAGUACCUCGAGUUGGUUGAUCGUUUUUCAAGCAACAAAAACAAAGGAUAUGAAGAGGUAAUGGCCAUUGCCUCACGGAUGGGUCGUUUAAAGAUAAUGGAAUACAUUGGUGAAAAAAUCCAAGCCUCGAGGUCUAUUAAAAUGAUUCUUAUGCAACCUGUCAUUCGAUUCAGUCAUCAACAUAUUUUAGAUUAUUAUUUUGAAUGGCAUCCUCUUUUUAGUGGUUUGGGUGGAGGUGGCGGCGGUCUCUCUCCAUCAACAUCAACCGAGUUUAUAAGUACAGGAUCCUCAAAUAAUAGCGGAAAUAAUAGUGGAAACAGUUCUUCUUCAUCUUCUUCUUCAUCCUCUACUACCACUACCACUACUACGGUACCAUCUCUAACAUCAUCGACAGACGAUAUCAAAUUUAAUAGUCAUCAAUUUGAUACCAAACAUUUUGUAAACAGUAAAAAGAAAUCAUUAAACAAGGAAAACUUGCUUCGAGCAGCCAUUGAAACAAACAAUGUCGAUAUGUUGCGUUACCUAGUCAUCAAGUUAUCCCAAGGAAAAUUAACCGUCGAUUCAAAGGCCAAAAAGAUUGACAAAAAGGUUGUUAAAACAAUCAGAGGAUAUUACGAUUACGCGCUCUUACCAAACAACACCGAGGUGAAUGAAAUGACAGUGUACCUUAAAAAGAUUAAAUUAAUCAAAGACCAAAGUGCAAUCAAAAAAUUCUUUCUCCGUAUAACCUUUGCUGCUGCUGAUUAA